GUGAGUCAAUGGCAAGUAAGAUUCGAGUCGGCCUCUGCAUACGAGCACGCGGAUUGACCGUUGCAAACAGUUCAAGACUAUUGACUCGCCAAUUGCGGCCAGCCGAAGCACAACGAAUCAUCUUACAUCCCCAAAACAUUUGCGCACGACACCUCGCCUCAUCUGCAAGCAGAUCCAAGAAACCCCGCGCUAUCAAAAUGGUCAGCGCUGAUGAAUUCAUCUUGACUCUGUCAUGUCCGGAUAGGCCAGGUAUUGUCCAUGCGGUCACUGGAUUUCUGGCUCAGCACAAUCUGAAUAUCGUCGAUUCGCAACAGUUCGGAGACCCAACAUCAAAGACUUUCUUCAUGCGUGUCCACUUUGCUCAAGUUGAUACCGCGGAAGGAAAUGGCAAGAUCAACGUGGACCAGCUUAGAAAGUCGUUUGAAGAAACGGCCAAGCCAAUGUCCAUGAACUUCGACCUCUCAUCGACAGCUCAAAAACCACGUGUGUUGAUCAUGGUCUCAAAGAUCGGGCACUGUCUGAACGAUAUCCUCUUCCGACAAUCGAUCUCGCAACUCGGGAUCGAGGUUCCUCUCAUCAUAUCCAACCACCCAGACUUUGCUCCUCUAGCAGCCUCUUACAAGAUUCCAUUCCAUCAUCUCCCCAUCACGGCUGAAACCAAGGCCGAGCAGGAAAGCAAGAUCCUCGAGCUGGUCAAGGAACACAACAUCGACCUGAUCGUGUUGGCGCGGUACAUGCAGGUGCUCUCUCCAGCACUCUGUAGCGCCAUGUCCGGGAAGAUCAUCAACAUCCACCACAGCUUCUUGCCGUCGUUCAAAGGCGCUAAGCCAUAUCACCAGGCGUACGAUCGUGGCGUCAAGAUUAUUGGUGCUACUGCCCAUUUUGUCACCAGUGAUUUGGACGAGGGUCCGAUUAUUGAGCAGGAUGUUGUAAGGGUUGACCAUGGGUUGAGUCCGAAGGGUUUGACGACUGAGGGGAGCAAUGUUGAGAGCAAGGUACUGGCGAAUGCUGUCAAGUGGGUCACAGAGAAGCGGGUGCUGCUCAAUGGGUCCAAGACUGUGGUAUUCAACUGAUGUGCUUCUGCCAUUUAGUAGUUUUGUCACGGUACUGACUGGGCUUAUCCUCGUGCUCAAAUGAAGAAAGAAUAACUCAAAAAACAGCAGAUGCGAUAUCGCUCGAUCCGUGGGGAUAUGACUCGCCUCAAUGGCAGUUUGACCAAAAUGAUUGUACAGUUUCAUAUACCUUUAGUAGUCUUCUCCGGUCAUGCCUCAUUAUGCAGCCUGUUGAAGAUGGCAGGUUGAAGUUUCACUGCGUAUCCAGGGGUAAGUGAUCAGUUAGACUGUGGAGUUGGUUCAACCGAUGUUCACAAUGCAAACCCUUUAUACAGAUAAAGGAAAACCCUCACUUGAAGUAUCUGGGUCAAGCCCACAGUAAUGAAGCGAGCUAUCUGUAAUUUCAAGUGUCAACUGGCUAUGCACAUGCUGAAGAACUGGAAAACUGUCCAUACACCAACAAGUGCAUCCGUUUUGUAUUUUGCACAUAUUUGGAUGUAUAAGAGAGUAUUUUAUAGGUGUUUUCCCGUCGUUCAACACCCAAGAUCCGCACCCAUGCAAGUCAAUGCAGG